GUAGCAUAUCAUGCUCAGAGCUGACAGUUUUUGCAAGCUGCGAUAGUCUAGGGUUAGUUUAAGAAUCAUAAAAUGUGAUUUACAGUAGCUGUCAACUACACACACCCUGUAGUGACAGAUGCUUGACCAUACAGAAAUACACGUGCAUCAGAAGAAGUGGGUGGGGCGGAAAAUUGUAAACACCAACAGUGUCCUUGACUUUACCUCAUGACUUAAUUUAGACUAUAAGAUAGAUAAGUGAACUGCUAGUACGACGGGUGCUGGCAAUAAUAGACACAAAAAAAAUGUUCAGCUAGCGUUUAAAACUUAAAACUUGAAACACAAAAUGCGAUGCUACCUUCACGCAUUAAUCCUGUGCCUGGUUUUCACCUUCUUUUCAAUGCUGUAUGUAUUCAGCCAGCUAGCCGACACCUUGGAGGACAGAGACAGUAGGCGCCUGAAAGAACAUGGGAUACCCCAAAGGAGCAGGCAUGACACCGGGCAGCUUCUCAGGAAAAUGCCAGGACUGGAAGGCCUUCGCGACCGUGACGGAGAGGUCGACAGGUGUAUAUCACAGUCAGUUUCUUACUGGAAUCCAUAUUGGAGACUACCUGCUGAUGUUUGUGGAGUGAACUGCUUUUUGGAAUCACCUCUUAGGGGGAGGUCAGGCUCUGGGAGAAGUCACUUGGCUGUGGUGGCCUGUGGCCCCAGGCUCGAGGAGACUCUCACCAUGUUGAAGUCCGCUGUUCUCCUCAGCAAAAAGCCUCUGCACUUUCACAUCUUUGCUGAGGGUGACCUGCAUGAUAGCUUUAGAAAUGCUUUGGACUCCUGGCCCACCAUAGUUCAGACCAAGUUUGACUUCACAAUCUACCCUAUCACGUUUCCCUGUGAGAAUCCAAAGGAGUGGAAGAAGCUCUUCAAACCUUGUGCCUCUCAGAGACUUUUCCUGCCACUGAUCUUGAAGGAGGUGGAUUCUUUAAUUUAUGUGGACACAGAUAUCCUUUUCCUGCAGCCAGUAGAGGACAUCUGGGCACUCCUUUCUAAGUUCAAUUCGAGCCACUUAGCUGCCAUGGCUCCAGAGCACGAGGAGCCUCGCAUCGGCUGGUACAAUCGUUUUGCCCGCCACCCUUACUAUGGCAAGACAGGCAUCAACUCAGGGGUCAUGCUCAUGAACAUGACACGUCUCAGGGAGCAUUUUUUUAAGAAUGACAUGACAGCAGUUGCACUAAAGUGGGAAGAAAUUCUGAUGCCCCUUCUCCAGAAGUAUAAACUCAAUAUCACCUGGGGGGACCAGGACCUGCUUAACAUCAUAUUUAACCAAAAUCCAGAAAGCCUUUAUGUGUUCCCAUGCCAGUGGAACUACCGUCCAGACCACUGUAUUUAUGGCAGCAACUGUCAACAGGCUGAACAAGAAGGUGUCUUCAUUCUCCAUGGUAACAGGGGAGUUUACCAUGAUGAUAAGCAGCCAGCUUUUCGAGCUGUCUACGAGGCCAUCCGUAAGUACCAGUUUGGUGAGAACAUGGAGACCACACUGCUGGAGCCACUAGAAGCAUCACUGAAGAGCACAAGGAAUACUUACUGUGGAAGAGCCAGCCACCUGUUUACCAAGAAGCUGAAACAGAGCAUCAUGUCUGUUCAACAGGACGUCACCGAGAGAUGAUGAUCAGGACUGCGCUCAGAUAGUCCAUCGUUAGUGUCUGUGGCUCUGGAUGUGAAGGAUUACACACAUUCCUUUGGAGUUGUAUGACAAGCAGACUCAGAUCAACACCCGACCAUCUUCUGUUUACAAACUGCAAAUGAAAACUGAGGGAAUUGGGAGGGGUAAUAUGUGGAUAAAGUUAUAGUUUUAAUUUUUGAUUGAAGUCGCCGUUGGUUAAUAUCUGUCCAAUGAACACACACGGUCAGCUGACAAGAAGGACACCUGGGGCCUGAUUCAGAAAAGGAUCCUCUUGAUUGGCUUUUGCACCUGCUAAAUCUGUGCAAGAUUCAGACCGUUUCUCUCUAGCCAGAUGCAAAACAGGAACACACAACACAGAGAAGGACACCUUCAUGGGCGUGUUUGUGCUUGAUUAUCAUCAGAGCAAUGUGCUUUGUGAAUUUGGUAGAUAGCAGCGACAAUUCAUGGUGCUAUCAGCUGUUGCUCCGUCCAUUCUUUGUGAAUCCACCCCUUUUUGUAUCUUUGACAAUCACGCUUGUAUGAUCUUAAGAGAACCUGCAGUAACUUUGUACAAUUAUUUCAUGUAUUUGGGGAAAAGACUUAUGGCAGGGUACUUAAACCUGCUUUUCUUAUUGAUAGUAUUUUAUUAAGAGUUUUAAUAUAAGUUUACAUACAGCAUUUGAACUGCUGUUUUUCACUUCAGUCAGCGUAUCAUGUAAUACAGAUGUUGUUAUUUUAAGGUACUUGUUAGUUAGUUGUCUUAUGAUCAGUAUUUAUUAUUGUUGUUGGACAGGGAGCACUUUUUUAUCUACCUUAACAGUGUAACAUGAGGCGAAUAUAUUUCAUAUUCUCAGGUUUGGGAGUUUUCAAAGCACUGUGUACUGUACUUUGUAUUACCACUUAGUCGUUACUGUAAUGUAACAGAUGUAACACCUUUUCUUAUAACUGGAACAAGAUGUAAUAGAGAGCAGUUAAUUUCUAAUCAAGCCAGCAGAUUCUGCUGAACUCUACUUUCAGAAAGAUGAAUCACAAAUUUGGCUCUGAAGAUUGUAACAACACAAACUCAUAUCCAUGGAUAAACUGUUUCACUAAAUGCCAGCAUUGACUUUCAAAUGUAUAAAAAAUGAAUGGGAAAUAUAUUUUUAUUUGAAAGAAUUUAUAAUGGGGCCUGUGAUGCAGUAUGUAGCUCAAAAUGCUUCCAAAAAUGUAUGACAUUGAUGUGGCUGAAUUUAAAUAAUUAUAGCAAUUUAAAUCCAA